AAAAUGUUAAUCCAUUAGUUGGAUUUUACUCAUCAUAUUUAAAUCUUUGUUUUGAAUUUUUCUUUUCUGUUAAUUAUUCCUUCUCUUGUAGAUUUCCCAGGUACAGUGGUGCUUGAAAGUUUGUGAACCCUUUUAUUUAUUUAUUUAUUGAUUUAUUUAUUUUAAAUUUCCUAUAUAUCUGUAUAAAUAUGACCUGAACCAUAGUGAUAGUGGACAAAGAGAUUCCAAUUAAACAAAUGAAACAAAAAUUUUACACUUGGCCAUUUAUUUAUAGAGGAACGUGAUCCGAUAUUACAUAUCUGUGAGUGGGAAAAGUAUGUGAACCUCAAGGAUUAGCAGUAAAUUUGAAGGUGAAGUCAGUUUUUUUUUUCUUUUUUCAUUCAAUGGUAUGACAAUCAGUUGUGAGUGAGAUCCCUGUUUUAUUUAAAAAACAGAGAUCUAUCAAAGUCUAGUCUUCCCAACACAUGUUUGUGGAAAUGUAUCAUGGUGUGAACAAAGGAGAUUUCUGAGGAACAGAUUCUCUUUUCUGUAGAUAUGAGGCAAUUGUUUUACUGGAACUACAAGUAAGCACAGAGGUUACACAACCAUAUCAGUCCAGGCCAAAAGAUAAAACUGAGCUAUUUUACUUUAUAAGGUCACCCACCUACUCCUUUGUGCUAAUGGUGAGUCUUAUCUCUACUUCUUUCUCUCCUUCUAUUGGUUAUAAGUAGUCCAUUACCAAAGUACACAGAGAUAUCAGUUACUACAAAGAGUCAUUAAUUUUACUCCUACAUAUGCCCGAAAGGUUAUUAAGCCAGUGAGCUUGGUGUAAAACAAGGCAGCAUGAAGCCCAUGCAGAUAUAUAUUGUGUGCAUUGAGCUCUUGCUGGGUGCAUGUUUAAGUGGAGUACUGGCCAAAAAACAGGCUGAACCCAUAUCAGAGGAUAAAGAAGUGCUGGUGUUGACUGAAAGCAACUUUAACCAAGCACUGAAACAACACAGCCAGUUACUGGUGCACUUCUAUGCUGCUCUCUCUGGUGAGUCUCUUGGCUCAAUUCUAGAGUUUUCAAAGGCGGCCAGUGAGCUCAAAGAAACCAAAUCAUCUUUGAAACUAGGAAAGAUUGAUGUCUCUAAAGAAAAAGACCUUGCCAAAUUCUUAAACGUAACUACAGUGCCAUCAUUAAGACUAUACCUCUCUGGAGACAAGUAUAACCCUGUUCAAUGUCCAGUUCUGAAGAGCUCCACCGCCAUCCAAACAUGGCUUAAAAGGAGAGAGGGCCCUAGUGCUGACCUUAUUACUGAUCUCAGCCAGUUGGAGAGCUUACUUGCAGAAGACGAGCUUGUGGUUCUAGGAUUAUUUAAGGAUGUUGAGACGGGCUCAGUAAAGGUCUUUUACGAUGUGGCUGCUGAUCUUGCUGACCUGCCCUUUUGUGUAACAGAAAGCAAGCAGAUCUUUAGCAAGUAUGAUAUAUUUGAUGACUCAAUUGUGCUUCUCAGAAAGUCAAAAAUGGCAGAAAUAUUUGAGAUGACAAGCAAAACAGUGAAAGAAGAAGUCAUUCACUUCAUUAGAGUCCAUGAGAUGCCUCUGGUGACUGAGUACAAUGGCAAGACAUCAUCCAAGAUACUAAACUCUGUGGUGCAGAAUCACUUCGUUUUGUUCAUUGAUAAAUCUGAGAAAGGAUUCAGACAAACAUAUCGUGCUUUCAAAAACUCUGCCAAAGAAUAUAGAGGCAAGGUUUUGUUUGUCCUGAUCGAUACGGGUGAACCUCGGAAUGGACGUAUCUUAGAGUAUUUCCGUGUGAGGAAGGAGGAUUCACCACUGGUACGCAUGGUUAACUUGACAGACAAUGUACAAUAUCAAUUACCUUCAGACCAACUGGACAUACAAACGAUCACUGACUUCUGCCAGAGUUACUUACAGGGGAAUGCUAAGCCAAAGCUACAGAGUGAGCCAAUCCCUGAUGGCUGGGACAAGCAGCCAGUAAAAGAGCUUGUGGGGAUUAACUUCGAAAGGGUGGCUUUCAAUGAAAACAAGAAUGUCUUAGUUCUGUUCUAUGCCCCUUGGAGUUCCGAGAGCCGAGCACUGUUUCCUUUAUUUGAAGAGCUUGCAAAACACUACAGUGACACUGAAGAUGUGGUAAUUGCCAGAAUUGAUGUAACUGCAAAUGAUGUAAACAUUCGCAUGAUAGACAGAUAUCCAACCAUUAAACUAUUUCCUGCAGUCUAUGCUGAAAGGGUGGUGCCAUAUUCUGGCCAGACUAAGCUGGAACCAAUAGUUGACUUUGUGAAUGCAGAAAGAGCACAAGCCAAAGAGCAUAAGGCCAAGGAAGAGAUAGAAAGGAAGAAAUAUCUGGAUGCACAGAAAGCAGCAACCAAAGAAGAGCUAUAGUGCGCGCACACACACAGGAAGAAAAAAAAAGAUCUCAGUUCUUCUUGAUUGCCUGUAAAUUAAUCAGGACAAAAUGUUAAUGAUCAUGAGAAAUAAAAUAAAUAAAACCUG